AAGAAGAGCAAGAAGGGCAAGAAGAGCAAGAAGAGCAAAAGACGUUGCAAGUACUGUGUUGUUGUACCUCCCAGUCAAGUUACACAAACGGCAUCACCUGCAACUACCUCUAGCUCCGGAAUUAUUACUACCCCUGGCUCCGAAAGUACCACUUCUCCAGCGACAUCAACACCCGCAUCGGCUGAAACAACUGCAUCGGCUGAAACAACUGCAUCGGCUGAAACAACUGCAUCGGCUGAAACAACUGCAUCGUCUGAAACAAGUGCAUCUUCGGAAACUUCUGCAGCAACAUCAACAGCAGCAUCAGCCACAACUAUGUCUACCGCUGCAUCAAUUUCGAGUUAAAUUCAAAUCCCAGUCUGACGUCGAUGGAAUCAGUUUACCGAGCGCAAUUCAAUUUGGUUUCGAUUCAUUUUCUCCAAUUAUUUUAGCCAAAUGAAAGGCAUUUCAAAUGUAUUUAUUAAUAAUCUAUUUAUUAUCAAACAAAUCAGGAUAAAUAAAUAAAUUUAGCAUUCAAAAAAAUAAA